UUACAGCGAUCUCACCCCCCCCCCUUUUUGUGUGUGUGUGUGCUGGGCAUCAGUGCCAGCCUCUUUAAGGGAUUCGGCAAGGCCUGCUAAGUCAUGCCAACAAGGAAAGGGCCCGGCAAGGAGAAGGGAAAGGGAAAGGCCCCGGCCCCUAAGCGGCCUCCAGCACGGCCCAGGGAGCCCGACCCCUCCUCUGGAUCAGAGGAUGAAGGGCAGCUGAUAAUGGCGAGGAUCUUGUCUCGCUUAGAUGCGUUGGAGUCCAGGAAAAAAGCCAAUCGAGGGGAGGGGUCCAAGGCGGUUGGAAAGCAGGGGGCAAAGAAAGCAGGGAACCAACCUAAUAAGCAGCUGCAACUUUUACAGUCCAUUGAGGCGAGGCUGGACGCGCUGGAGAGUGGUGAAGGGGAGGCAACUGGAUCAACAGAGAAUGCCAGCCGGAACACCUUGGAUGCAGAUGUUGGGUCCUUUGGAGGAGCGCUUCCGAACUCUCGCCCCAGCAGCCAGGGAGCUUCCCGAAGUUUUUCCACCCCAUCUAUGGAACCUUGGAUUCUAGAGGCAGAGGAGGCCAUUCGCCUAUCCCUAGCACCUAGCACAAGAGCGCGCUAUGCGUCAGCUGUCCGUGAGUUUCAUGCAUUUAGAGUUGACACAGGGCUGAAGGACCUAUGGCCCAUCCCGGUUGAGCACAUAAUGCGCUAUAGCACACAUUUACAUGGGAAGGGCUUGGCCGUGGGGUCCAUUGGGGGUAGGUUGGCAGCACUGGCUUUCCAGGCAAAAAUGAAGGGGUUUGUGGACAACACGGCUGACUUCCGGGUGCGCAGGAUGCUCGAGGGAUGGGCGCGAGAACACCCCUCUCAACCAGAUACAAGGGUCCCUCUGGCACCAACAACACUGCAACAGGUGCUCCCAUUUUUUAACGAUAUUUGUUUUUCCAACUUCGAGGUACGGUUGCUCAGGGCUUCCUGCCUUGUGGCCUUCUUUGGUGCGUUGCGAAUCAGUGAGCUGGUCGCCUCUUCCAGGUCUGAUACAUCAGCGCGGGCCCUGCAGUGUGGGGAUGCCCGGGUGGGGAGGGAUAAGGUGGUGUUGCGCCUGAGGUGGUCUAAAACCGACCAGAAGGGCAAGGGAGCCACUAUCACCCUGGCAGAGGGGACUGAUAAGAGCCUGUGCCCAGUGAGGGCCAUGAGGGAUUACAUGGCCUUGCGUGGGGAGGGAGAAGGCCAGUUGUUCCGUCAUGCGGACGGUACACCCUUGACGCGAUUCCAGUUCUGGGCCCUGGUUAAAGAGGCUUUGAGGAGAGCAGGCCUGGACCCGCGGGUUUAUGGGACCCACUCCUUUCGGAUAGGGGCAGCAUCUUCGGCGGCGGCGGUGGGGCUGCCGGAAAACCGGAUCCAGGACCUGGGGAGGUGGCGUUCAUCCGCAUGUCGCCGCUACAUACGCCCACUGCCAAAGUGACGGCCCACGGAAGUAACAUCCAAUUUUGUCUUACAGACGGUCAAGCGCUUCCCUUCCCUUUGCGGAUACUCAUCUACGGGCACAGCUAUGUGUUCUGGGCUGGUCGGCGAGCUCGGCAGACCAGCUUGGGUACCCAGUUGGGCCUGGCAGGAGCGGCCGAAGUGGAGUGGAUGGGGCGCCGAGGAAUGCUGUGGAACCUUUUCCUUCCACUUCUAGAUGAGUACAUCGCAGCAAAGGGGGCACCGCACAUCUUGGUUGUACACCUGGGAGGCAACGACUUGGGUUUGUUGCAAGGCAGGGCCCUGAGCCUGCAGGCAAUCAGGGAUUUUCAGGACCUGGCGGCCCGGUGGCCUGAGAUGCGGUUGGUCUGGUCUAACCUACUCCCACGGACAUGCUGGAGGGGCCAAGGGGGCCCCCUGUGCUUCAAUAGGGCACGUAAAAAAGUCAAUAAGGCAGUUGGAAGAUCUAUCACCGCCUUAGGGGGGGCAGUAAUACAGCACCCUGACAUACGAGUACAGGAUGCGGCCCUGUAUAGAGGGGAUGGAGUGCAUCUCUCUGACCAGGGGAAUGAGGUGUUCCUCCGGGACUUGCAACGUGGUCUCCAAGAGGUGAUAGCGGGGUGGGGGAAGCGGGGCUAAACAGAGGUUUGCCCCACUUCUGUGGCAGGAGAGUGCGGGUGUUGGGUAGGCAGAUUCAGGGAUCGGUGCUUGGCUGGAGGGCCAGUUGGGUGAGGGGGGGUCAAGGAACAGCCUUUCAGGGCUUUGACGGCCCGUAAGGUUGGGAAUGGCCCCCACUCGGGGGGUGGGCGCGACUCACCGGCUCAGAGCUUUGACGGCUUGGGUUGAGGGUGUGUCGGACCACCCCCCCCUCGGCGGGGUGGAGCCCCGCGGUGAGAGGAGGCCAGGACUUAGAGCCUGGCCAAAUCAGGACCCGGCCCUUCGCCCUGGCGUGGGGUGCUCUUCACUAGGAAGGGCCACCACGCGAGACUAGUACCCGCACUCUAGUGUAUUGGGACCUCGUUGCAAGUGUCGCUACCUCUGUACAAUAAUAAAAGUGGCCCUUAUUUACUCCAACUAAGAGUGUCCUGUCUUCAUUGGGGGGCCUGGGGGUGCAAUGCCGCUUCUCGCCUCCGUGCCCGAGCGGGUGAGGCGGGAGGCGGGGUUGUGCACCCGGCACCAGGAAGCAGACGCGGAAGCGCCAUCUUGGCCCCCUCCACGUGACCAGGGAUAGCCCAGUCAGGAGAGGGGGCCGGGGGGAAAACAGCAUAGCCCGGCAGCCAUCCCACGAGCAGUCUCUCUGCUGCCGGGCACCCACCCACCCUCCCGGUACUCAGUGAGGGAUAGCCGGUCGCCUACGGGGGCCAAGUAGGAAUUUUUUGGGUCGUGCCAGAUUGGCUGGGGGCACGGCCUUUUUUCGCCUACUUCUCACUGAGGCUUAGGAGCUGUGCCAGGGGUAGCCAUCGUUACCUAUGGGCGCUGGGUGGCAGGUAGGCAUUGAGAAUUGAUCGGUCACUUGGCAGGAGAGUGCGGGUGUUGGGUAGGCAGAUUCAGGGAUCGGUGCUUGGCUGGAGGGCCAGUUGGGUGAGGGGGGGUCAAGGAACAGCCUUUCAGGGCUUUGACGGCCCGUAAGGUUGGGAAUGGCCCCCACUCGGGGGGUGGGCGCGACUCACCGGCUCAGAGCUUUGACGGCUUGGGUUGAGGGUGUGUCGGACCACCCCCCCCUCGGCGGGGUGGAGCCCCGCGGUGAGAGGAGGCCAGGACUUAGAGCCUGGCCAAAUCAGGACCCGGCCCUUCGCCCUGGCGUGGGGUGCUCUUCACUAGGAAGGGCCACCACGCGAGACUAGUACCCGCACUCUAGUGUAUUGGGACCUCGUUGCAAGUGUCGCUACCUCUGUACAAUAAUAAAAGUGGCCCUUAUUUACUCCAACUAAGAGU